CACUCGUGACUGUGACGACGUCGAGAAGGGCAUCGUCUUUGCUAAUUUUUUUUUGCCACGACGUCGCCUUAUUAUUGCCCUACACGAUUGCGAGUUCUCGAUCGCAUCCGACCCUGCUUUCAGCUAGCUCAUUCCCCCGGCUCAAGUUAGGGAUCGGUGUGGAGGACUUGCGAGUGGAGGACGAGAAGAAGUGCUAGAAGAAGCGCAGAAGGAGGGGUCGCGCAGGGGUGGGAAGGAUGUUGAGAGCAGGUAGCGUCGGUAGAGCGGCAAGGCUUGAGCCUUGCUCAGGUCUUCACUCAGCAAAAGCACUCGCACACACAAGCACAAGCACCAAUCGAGCGUGGGACGUGGCUGGUGGGCGACCGCGCUGUUCAUACUGCACCUUCGGCUCCUCGGCUGUCACACCUUUCACCUUGGCUCAUGCUCCUGAGCAUCAUCGGCGCGCCAUACACACCAGCACCACUUCAGCACGACAACAUCUGCUCUUUUCCGGCACCAUUCUGGAUCAAGCUACCACUUCUUUUGUGCCUUUUAAAAAGGAAUGGAUCGCAGCCCUAGGUGCGCCGGUUGAGGAUUUGAGAAGGGGUUUGUCAGUCGUCGGACUAGAUAUGAGUGACGAUGUGGGAGGAGGAGGAGCCAUCGUCUAUCGGACACUAGGCGACAGAUCAGCUUUCCACCCUGGCCUCUGGUCCGAAAAUAGCAACGCUCCGAAUGGGACAAGGACGAUAGAAGGUCAUGAAGCUAGACGUUUGAAACACGUUCGAACGCGAAUAGCAACAUUUGGACGGAAUACGCAUGGACAAUUGGGAUUGGGAUUCACUUCUCACGAAGCGACUUGGGGGAUUGUUAGAGGUGGAUACUGGGGAGAAGGAGGUGUAAAGUUGGUCAAGAUGGGAAAUGCUGCGGGGCUCAUCGUUACUGAACUUGGUGUCUUGCACGAGCAGGAGCAGGAGCAGGCUCAGCAGGCUCAGCAGCAGCAGGAGCAGCAGCAGCAGCAGCAGCAGCAGGCGGAGCAAGAGAAGCGUACAAGUGCAAGGCAUGCUUUGUUCGCUUUCGGAAAUCACACGACGGGUCAACUAGGUCUUACAGACCCCUCAUCGCCCUACUCCACCUCCCUAGCCUCUCAGACCAGUCAGUCAGGCGAACCGCAAAUGGAAUUGUACUCUGCUCCACGUCGCGUCUUGCUCAAACGCAGCGAUCCGAGCGAGAUGAACAAGAGAAGAGGAAAUGAAAGCGAUACCGAUGAAGGCAUGAGGGUGAUGGACGUAGCUCACGGAUUGGAUCAUACGAUCUUGUUGAUCGAGCGAUGUGGGACUGAUGGUGAUCAAGAGCAAGAAGUCUGGGUGACGGGUAUCAACACGGACGGUCAACUAGGUCUCGGCUCAUCCGAUUGCUCUCCUCAAUUUCUCACUCGUUCUUUCCUUCGCCUCGAAACCUUUUGGGAUGCUUCGGAUCCUUUGAUGCUCAUUCGAGCAAGUGGGGACACCUCGCUCGCCCAGAGCAGAUCAGGUCGCGUAUGGACUUGGGGCAAUUCAGAGUAUGCUCAAGCUUUUGGAGGAGAGGUGCAGGAAGCUAUCAGGCAGCCUGUGGAGGUGACUGCAUUUGUGAAAGAUGCGCUCAGGGAGGGGUUAGGGCCGAAGGAAGAAGGACCAAGAGUGAGGGAUAUUCAGCUGGGGGGUAGUUGGGCGGUGAUGCUUGACACUUGGGGACGAGUAUUUACUGUAGGCUAUGGACCCAUGGCUAGAGGUUCUUCAAACCGAUGCAGUCUUACCCUGCAACGCGUUCCUGAUCUCCCACCCGUCCAAUCACUGCACACUUCUCUCGAUGCCAUCUUUGCCAUCUCCCAGACCUUUCUCAACGAUCGAGAUGCAGCUUCGAAAGCUCAAAGUCAAAGAUUGUUUGCUUGGGGACUUGAUAAGAGCGGAAAGUUGGGUAUGGGACUCGCAUCGCGUCUAAAUGAGAGAGACGCUGAUGCCAUAUUUGAGGGGCCCGUGGAUGAGAGGAUCGACGAAGCCAAAGAGGUACAUUUACCCCCCUUACGGCUUGCCGCAGCCUUGCACCAACGACGCGCCUGCUCGACGAAUAGCGAACUCGGGAGAUUGUCCGAGCAAUCUGAUGAUCAGGCAAAUCGAGGCCCGAGGAUACUGGACAUUGCCGCGGGCGGAGAGUGCACACUCUUGCUCAUUGAAGAUGGAUUGGAAGAGGUGGGCGCUUGGAUCUUGCCAGAUGAAUAGUCUAGCGAUCGAGUCCACUACCACAUCGUCGCUUCUUGCCCAUCCGCCUCUUUGCUCGCUCUCGCAAGCUAGGUCCACCCGGUCAAUUUAGCCUGCACAAGCUGCUCGAGUCGCGAUCUUCUCGUCGCCCGCAAAGUUUGAAGAAACGGCCGCCCGAUCUGCUUCAAAGUCAAGCUUGGGCUGCGUGAUCGCAUCUCCUCUCCCGCUCGAGCGAAUAGCGCAAAAUUCCCCUCAGGUUGCCGCCGAGACGAAAGGCUAAAUUUUUCACCAAACCAUGCAAUGGAGCGCACGUCUUCUAGACAUCUGCAAAUCAUCCUGUAAUAAUAUUACACGCAAAUUUUACAUUGUUCAGUUCCAAU